CUCCCGGCUCAUCCCGAGCAUCUCCCGGCUCAUCUCGAGCAUCUCCCGGCUCUCCCCGAGCAUUCCCGACUCGUCCCAGCCCGCCCCCCCUGCUCCGGCCGUUUCUCCAGGGAAGAUGCUCAACGUUAUGGAUUUCUCCUGCUCGGAUCCGCUUUACUCCAAGUACGAGGAGAGCUGCGAGAUGAAAACCGGAGACCUGCAGGGCUUGGGGCAGCCUGAGCAGCAACUUCUGGCAGAGGCCGAUUUCCUCGGAGGUGAGCUGGUGGGCAUCCCGGCGAGCGGCGGGGCCGUGGAUUAUUCCCUGCUGGGCAGCCAACCCUCCCCUUCCCUCAGCUACACCGGCAGCUUCUUCAUCAAGGCGGUACCGGAGCAUCCCCAGGACCAGGAAUCCCUGUUCAACCUGAUGUCGGGCAUCCUGGGCAUCUCCCCCUUCUCCUCCUCUUCCGAGAGCCACCCGAGGCACCUGGAUGCUCUUUACCCCUGUCCCGAGGUGGCUCAGGGCCAGCUGGACCUUUACCCCACCUGCCAGCCCGAGAUGAGCGGAUCCACCCAAGCCCCAUUCCCGGAGCAGGGAUACGGCGGAUUCCCCGCGGCCGAGGGGGCUCAGCCCCUGCAGGCACAGCCCGCCUUGGGAAACACCUCCCAGUGCUUCUUCCAGCCCAAGCUCCUGGACAACAAGCAGGACAUCAAGCUGUCCUCUGGCUCCCCGCCCCUGGACAAGUUCAAAGCCCCCUGUGCCCAGUGGGAGCCCCUUGCCCAGCACCAGGCCUACUUGCCCGCCGGAUACCCUUCUCCCGAAGCGUUCCCGGCUGGAGAGAGCAGCCAGGGGCUGUUCCACCCGCUGGGCUCCAAGAUGGAGAGCGUCCUGUCCGUGAGCUGCCAGUCGGAGCUGGGCAGCCUGGCAGAGGAUGCUGCCUGCUUUGGAGCCCAUCUGGGAUUCGGCUGCGAGCCAGAAAACUUCCCGGCCCGCGGGGACUUCGCCGACGCCAAGAUCCACAACAUCCCUCCUCCACUGAUGCCGGAAUUCGACGCCACCGCCUUGGCCCAGCCGGAGGUGCUGCCGGGCCUGAUGAGCUCGGCCGAGCUCCUCCACCCUCACCCCUCGCCCUCCGUGCCCCCCUCCACGGACUUUUUGGGCCACGCCGCCGCCGCCUCCUCCUCCCUGCCUUCCCUGCUUCCCGCCAACCCUCCCGCCUUGGCCCAGGAGCCCAAGAAGAAAACCCGCCGCACCAAGUGCUCCUCCAAGUGCUUCUGCCCCAAGCCCCACGAGAAGGCCUUCGCCUGCCCCGUGGAGAACUGCGUCCGCAGCUUCGCCCGCUCCGACGAGCUCAACCGGCACCUCCGCAUCCACACGGGCCACAAGCCCUUCCAGUGCCGCAUCUGCCUGCGGAAUUUCAGCCGCAGCGACCACCUGACCACCCACAUCCGCACCCACACGGGCGAGAAGCCCUUCUCCUGCGACACCUGCGGGCGCCGCUUCGCCCGCUCCGACGAGAAGAAGCGCCACAGCAAAGUCCACCUGAAGCAGAAGGCCCGGACCGAGGAGAAGCUCAAGGGCCUGGGGUUCUUCUCCGUGGGUCUCUCCUUCGGGACGCUGUGAGACCUCCGGCGUGAGCAGCGCC